UUUUAGCGAAAGUUUGAUCGCAUCAGUGUACCAAGUCCAUGGAUGUUGAAAAAGUCAUUAUCAAAAAGUGCAUCAUGGAGUACUCAUGACCAUCGUAGCAACAUGUCAGUGUCACCAGACUGCUAUGUUGGCCUCAGACCAAGAACAUUUUAUGACAUAGUAUCUAUAGCUGUUGUCACACGAUAACAUGGCGGCUGAGGAAGUGCCUGUCCGCGUAGUUGUCAGGGUCCGACCACUAAUAGCUAGAGAGAAGCUGCAUGAGCUGUCAUCUUGCGUGCGGCCGAUCCUGGGAUCAAAGCAGCUCGUGAUUGGCAAGGACCGAAGUUUCACCUUUGAUCACGUGUUAGACGAAGGAUCUUCACAGGAUGAAGUAUAUGAAAUAUGUGCUAAUCCAUUGGUGGAAAGCUGCUUUGAAGGCUACAAUGCGACAGUAUUUGCAUAUGGACAAACGAGUUCAGGUAAAACACAUACUAUCACUGGAGCAGACUUGAGUGCUGUAACACAGGAUGAGCAGGGAAUCAUCUCACGUGCAGUAGGAAGAAUAUUUCACAUGAUCGAGGUCAGUGUUAGGAUGCAGCGUAUUUUUGCUGGUGCUUUGUGA